AUGUUGGGUCCAUCCAUGCUCGAGCGAGCGAAAUUGAGUCUAGAUUCAUUUCAAACUAUAUCCGACUUGGCAGAAGACACACUUAAUGGAAAUUAUAGCGAGAUCAGUAAGCCAUCGAUUUUCUCACGAGCAUUGGUUUGGAAAUUGACAAUAUUAAGAAUAAACAAGAUCAACCCACAGAAAGGGCAUAGUGAUGUCGAACUCAAUUUGAGCAAUAUCUUGAAGUUACGACGUGAUUACAGCGAACUAUUGGAUGAGUUUGAAAUACCCUGGAAUCAAUUGAGUAAACAGAAUGAAUAUUAUCAAAAAUCCUCUUAUGAUCAUAUUGAAGGAUUUGAUAUAACUGAUGAUGUAAACAAGAAAAGGGUGCUACAAAAAAUUAGGGUAAGUAGUGAUCCCCUAUCUCGAUCAGUUGAUCCUGACUUGAAUGAAACUCAUAACGAUAUCAAACAGCAGGAAUCAGAUACGCAAACUCUUGAAGCCAUUAUUACAGAUGUUGAUAGGUUGUUUCCUGAAUAUCCAAAAUAUUUUAUUCAAAAUAUUUCAAAUAGACGACAAGUAAUUACAAUAUUAUAUUUAUGGUGCCAGUUGAAUGCAAUUCCUUAUUAUCAAGGCUUACAUGAAUUGUGUGGGGUUAUCUAUAUGGUGUUCUUCUCAGAGAAUAUACCACGACACUCACUUGGAAAAAGAAAAGAACCAAUCACAAAGCUCGAUGAGGAGAUUUUGCUUCUGAUGGAUCCUAACGCUGUUUCUCAUGAUACUUUUGGCGCUUUCAAUAUUCUGAUGAAGCCUAUCAUGAGUAAGUAUUAUUCAGAUGGUGCCCUAUUACAGGAGACAAUAAUGUUUGAUUUGAAACUUCAUCAGUGUGAUAAAUUUUUGUAUCACUUAUUCAAAAACAAGUUCAAAUUGGAUGGUCGAAUCUGGUUAAUGAGAUAUCUACGGCUUGUUCUAACAAGGGAAAUUGGUAUUUCCACUUCUCUCAAAUUAUGGGAUAGGCUAAUUUGUUUUAGUUUUUUGCAAAAUCUGUUUCAAUCUGACAUAGAUAUCACCCUUUUGAUUCCAUUUAUCAUUCUUAUCAUGCUUGCACUGAUCAAGCAAAAAUUGAUUGUUUCUGAUUAUGGAGAGGCACUGUAUCUUCUUCUUCAUUAUCCAGUUCAAAAAGAGGGAUUAAUUUCUGGCCCUACAUCUUUGAAGGAUUCUAUCAUAUUAAUAAGUGAUAAUGAGAACGAUGAGGAGGAAGAGAUAACCCGUGAUCAAAACAAUGGGAACGAUAACACAUCUGGUAAUUUCGACAUUAGUGUACGUGGUGAAGAAUAUCAUUCAUGUAAUGAGUUGCCGCAUAAUAAUAAAAAUGGAUAUGAUAGCGAAGCAUUAAAUAACGAUACAGACUUCACUUAUAUUGAGCAAAAUCAUCAACGACAAAGAUUGACUGAAUCAUCCCUCACAAGAGAUUCUUCCGGCAGUACCUCAUCGGGUAAAAGUUCCAGUAGUUUGGACGGCGAAGGAGAACAUAUCAUGCUAUCUAUAAAAUUGAUUGUACCAGAUGCAAUUAGGUUAUUUAGGAUGACUGAUUUCGAACUUCAAACGGAAGGUUGUAAAAUACUUGAAAAUUAUUCCAAAAUGCACAAUAAAGGAGAUGGCCACGGUGGUAUCUCUACGAAAAAGAUACAGCACUUGAGCAAUUCUGGAAUGCUAGAAAAUUUACUAUCAAGGGCACAUUCAUGGGGACAUGGAAGAUCUAACAGUGGCAUUGCUAAAACAGUCAAUCGUAUCUCCACGGGGUUGGGUAAAAUGACUAUUAGCCGAGCAGAAAUGCAACCCAAGCAAGACUUGAGCAAGGAUUUUGACCGAACCAGAGUAGAGCUACUGUUGCGGAAGAGGGUUAAGCACACGCUCAAUAGUAAAUCAGAUAAGCAAUAA